AUGGCCGCAGUCACCAUGGACAAGAUCCAAUUCUAUCAACCUCCAAAUCCCAUGAGUGCAGCCAAGCCACGAAGCCCGAACCUGCCCGCAAUCUCCACACCCCCCAAACCCCCAGCACGUAGACCCAAUCCCACCGCCGACUCUUUCACUUCCCUACUCUGUCCGUCACAGCAGCUCAGACACCCUUUGCCCCCCCGCCUAUUCCCUUCUGUUACACCUCCCAUCUCUUCUCGCCCUGCAGGCCGACGGUCCCAGCCACCCGCAACUCCAGUAAACGACUUUGACAGAAUUUUGGAGGGGAUCUCGUCGGACGACGGGAGCCAACCACUUGGCGGGGACGGAAGAAAUGCCGACGAGCACGCCACAAUCCCCUCUGGAUCGAAUCUGAGCGGUUUUGCCAGCGACCGCCUUGGUAUGCCUGUCGAGGAGGCGGAUACGGCUGCGGAAAGUGCCACUGAAGCCGGCCUUCGCGCAUGCCGGUUGGGUGGAAGUAGAGAUGGCCUCAUCGUAGAUGGGUGGACGGAGAUAGGUCACAGUGGUGAACCCACAAGCGAGUCCGCAGCUGGACAGACUUCCCGGCCACUGUUGCCUGCCCGCGAGGCGCCUACCGAUCAUGGUGACGAUCUAGACGGGAUGGCGGAUGGUGGUAGAGCCUCAUUGACUCCCCGAGAGGUUUCAGAAACCCCUCCCCCUCUUACCAUGGACGAAGUGAGCGCUUCCGCCGGCGCACCCCACGACGCCGUCUCUCCACAUCCAGGGAGUCGGCGUCAAAUCUCAGCUGGCCAUGCCCGUGCGACACAGGAGGAGUGGCGGGUCAAAAAGAUACUAGAUUCCCGGAUCCGCGUGCGGAAGGGCAAGCCAAUUUUGGAGUACCAUGUUGCAUGGCGGUCUACGUGGCAACCGCGGAGCGAUUUGAUACCGGGAUGCGAGGAGCUGGUCAAAGAAUUCCAUGCAGAGUGGAAGGACGAGCGGCCUUCACUUACUACUCUGACGGGCCACAUGCGCUUCAAGCAGAGAAGGAGAUCGCGCAGGGACAGUGGACGCAAGAUUGCAAAAUCAAUCAGUUAG